CAGCCUCUCAGCCAUACGUCAUAUCAAACGGACCGAUAACAUGUCCUCCGACUGAAGCAAGAGCUAGCAAAGAAGCAGACUGUUAAAUUUUACUCACGAAGUGAAAAGGCAGAGAUGUCGCGACUGUCCAACACUCAAAUUGCUCACUGUAAGAACUACCACUGCUGCUGAAGUAGAUAUUUAGUUGAUUCUUUUCAUCCUUACGAAGGAAUGAGCGACACUAAUCAAGGAAGUCGCUCAGCUGGCUAGCGAAAAAGUAGCUAGCUGUCGUUAGCAGGAGAGUUCUUUGUUUUGUUUUUCAGGUGGAGGUCCGCGUCAACAUGAAGACAGACUAGUGCUCAUAUUUGGGUUUUUUUUGGCGUUUUAUGUGUACAUGGGUGUUUUUUAAUCAUGUCCAUUGUAUGUUUGGAAACAGUUAGUCGAACUACAAAUCUGUUUCUUGGGUGCUAAAACAGAUAAACACCAACAUUAGCCACCGAGAGCAACUUUAGCAACAAAGAUCUGUUUUUCAUCGUCGGCCAGCUCUGGACGGAGGACACGGAAGACAUGGGCAACUGUCUGAAGUCCCCGACCUCAGACGACAUUUCCCUGCUUCAUGAAUCCCAGUCGGACAGGGCGAGUUUCGGGGAUGGGACGGAUCCAGAUCUGGAGCCGCCUCCGCCUUACCAGGAGCAGGCUCACAUGCCCAUGUACCAUCCCACGCCCAGCCAGGCCCGUCUGGCCACCCAGCUGACAGAGGAGGAGCAGAUCCGCAUAGCUCAGCGCAUCGGUCUCAUCCAGCACCUCCCCAAGGGUGUUUAUGAUGGAGGACAGGACGGCUCAGAGAAGAAGAUCAGAGAAUGCGUGAUCUGUAUGCUGGACUUUGUAUACGGGGACCCCAUCAGGUUCCUGCCAUGUAUGCACAUCUACCACAUGGACUGUAUAGAUGACUGGCUGAUGAGAUCCUUCACCUGUCCCUCCUGCAUGGAGCCCGUCGAUGCUGCCCUGCUUUCCACCUAUGAGACUAACUGAUUUUUUUUUCACCCCUCCACCGCUGGCUCAGAUCAAAUGUUGCCCCUCAAGCCCCUAAAAACACACAGAAGCCCCAAAACGACCCCUCAUAGAGAAGAGAGGGGCUAGAAUGUUUUGGCUGUAUUCUUGCACUUUUAAACAACAGAAAUUUAGUCAACUAAUGCUGGCCUUCCAACCCACAGGUCUAAUCAGCCAGUCUUUGACAUUAGUUACACAAAUCCUGACACCCUGCAUGAUUGCAUUUGUGUGUUUGUCGUGCUGAAGCAGCGUCCAGUGUUGCUGCUGAUAGUGAGCAUGAGGGAUGUGUAUGUGAGCUAUUUGGGCUGUUUGAUGACUGUGCAUUUCCACUUGAGCCGGUCUCAGUGGUGUGUCUCCCCAGCGGGCCCCAUUUCACCUCAUUAUCAGUCUGUCCUUGUUAUCAAAAGAAUAAUUAGGCCAACAGAUUAUUGACCAAAAUGCCACCAAGUGUUGCUCCAAGAGGGGGAUUAAAUUAGAGGUAAUCUGUGGCAACAGUUAACAAAGGCUUCCUCAACAUAUUGACCCCCCACACGUGCUCUCACAGCUAAAUGGCGCUUCACUUUGGAGAUAUGGAGUUGAGGUGUUUGUUUGUAAUUAGUAAAGAAAAAGUAUGCACAAACUGAACAGGAAUCACCCAAAGUUAAAAAGUACACAAUGUUCACGUAAAGGAGAUCAAGUGGCUGCUCCAAAUGACCCAGCUUGAAAGAGAAGCUGCGAGUUGAAGGGAUGAUUAUAUUGUGUAUUGUGAAUGUUUCACCUGAUGGUGGGGAAAGAAGCUGGUAGCCAAUGUAAAAGGGCUCAUUGUGCAUGAGCAGGUGGAUCAGUCAGACAAAAAUUAGAAACGCUUGCACACACUUUUCAUCUGAUCCAGAGAUUUGCACUUUACUUAUAGGACAGUAUCUAAACAAUAUAUUAAUAUAUGUACCUUAUAACCUUGCACUAUCAAUACUUCAUCCUUUUUUUGUUUUCUGAGAUGCAAAAGUUCUAUAGCUGUUACAUUUUUCCAAGCUGUCAGUAGUCACUUAUCACAUUGAAGUAAACCUGAAGAUGUAUUUCAUGAAUUCUGUGA